CUGCAGGUCAUGCAGUGACCGAAGAGAACUUCUGAAGACAUCAAGAGUUUUGAUGUUAAUAAUAGGAGACGCAUUGAUUUUAAAAACGCACUCCGGUCCUCGACGGAGUGACAUUCUGAUGAGCAGAAAUACGAGUGAAGUGCCUCUCUAUCUGUCUGUGGUUUAUUCCAGCAUGUGUUUGGAGGCGGAGUGACUGACUGACAUUCAUUCAUCACAUAAAAGGGAAGUUGAGCAGCUGAACAUCACAAACUCUUCUGGGAUUGAUCAUGAACACGGGGAAGGCGCUGAAAAACGCGCUCGCCUGUUUGGUCAUUCUACCGCGCUUCCUCGUCGCCGCCUUCAUGCUGUGGUGUCUGGAUUUUCUGUGCGUGAGGAGGAGAGUUUUGUUCCAUCUGAGGAGUGAGGAGGAGGAGGAGGACGAGGACCCUCCGCUGUGCAUCUCCGACAGCAGCCGCAUGUUCAGCUGGGAGUCGCUCAAAGCGGUUUUCCACGGACACAAGCUGGACUGGAUGAAGUCCGCGCGCCUCGGCCACGACGCGCCCAACAGUGCAGUAGUUCCGCUCGCGGAGCCGAAGCGCAGACGCGUGCUGGACUUCGCGCGCGCUCAGAGGCCGCUGGUGCUGAAUUUCGGCAGCUGCAGCUGACCGCCGUUCAUGACGCGUCUGAAGGCGUUCCAGCGGCUCGUGCUCCAGUACGCGGACGUCGCCGACGCGCUGGUGAUUUACAUCGAGGAGGCGCACCCGUCCGACGGCUGGAUCAGUUCCGACGCCCCCUAUCAGAUCCGCAAGCACCGGAGUCUGGAGGAGAGACUGAGCGCGGCGCGGCUGAUGGCACGCGAGGCGCCGGGCUGCGCGAUAGUCGCCGACAGCAUGGAGAACUCGACCAACAGCGCGUACGGAGCGUAUUUCGACAGACUCUAUAUCGUCCAGGACGGGAAGGUGGUGUAUCAGGGCGGCAGGGGGCCGGAGGGAUACCGGAUCUCCGAGCUCCGACACUGGCUGGAUCAGUACCGCGCGCGGCUGCGCGACGCCGUGAUUCGCGUGUAAAAGUGAUCAGAGAUCAGGGUGCGAAUUACAGCGGAUUCGAGCUCAGUGAAUAAGGCUCGAUCCCCCCGAGGGACUAGAUGUAGGGGGUCGGACAGAAAGUAGCCUACGCGUAAUGUGAAGACGCAUUUCUGGAGCUCUGACUGAUGUGAAUGAUUAUUAUCUGACAUCGCCUGAGUAGAUUCGCUCGUUCAGGGACGCGCGUUUACUGCGUGGACGGAGUAAGAACAACCGAGUGUCCAAAUGCACGCGCAGAGUUUACCCUCCUUAACGUCAUGCUUUUGGGCUGAAUACAGGGUUCACAACAAACACUGAAAUAAGCGCGCGCGGCUUAUCUGGCAAAGUUGAUAUUACUUCCUUCGGAAGCCGGUUUCUAUUUAAAAAAAUUUCAAAUGAACUUUCUAUAUUGCAUAAUGUAAAGCAUAAUUAUAAAGUAACAUUAAGUAAAAAUGAAUACAUUUUUAAAUUUAAAUCACAAAUAUGAAUGUAAAACACACAAAAUGACGCAUUAGACCAGUUCAGGCGCGUAAUUCGCACCCUGUCCGAGCUGCUGCUGCUAAUGUUCGGGCAUCAGGAGAGUGUCCACGACUGAGUUUGUCCUCGUGCGUGUUUCAGUGCUCGUCCUCGUGUCCGUUUCUGUCAAAAGAAUCUUGUUGUGCGUAAAUGGUCUCUGUAUUUUUUGUGAAGGUCGAUUUUUAAAAGGUUCACGACCAGAAGAUCGACACUGAUGUCUAAAAUACAGGACGAAUACAUGUAAAUUAUUCCUUUUUAUCUAAUCCAUUUCGUAAUAAAACAUUUCACCUGAA